AUGGCCUGUUAUUUCUGGUUGUUUUUAUUGCUAAUUUUUAUAAAUGGUUUAAAAAAAAUCAAGGGAUGUCAAGUUAGUUACCAAAUAUAUCGCAACAUGUUCCCGAUAGAUUCUUGCCAAAAAAGAUAUCGUCGAAUACUUCAACGCAAAAAAGAAAGGCGAAAACAGGAAAAAGUUCGCAGGAAGAUAGCUUCGCGCAAUAAAAUAAGGGAAGAUAUAGAACUAAACCGUUAUCACAGCAAAAAGUUCCUGAAAAAGGAGGUCUCCAACAGAUUGCAGAUCGCACUGUAUGAAGGAAUAAGGAUCUACAUAGAUUGUUCUUAUGAAGCUCUUAUGUCUCCUAAAGAAUGUAAUAAAUUCGCUCAACAACUAUGUCGUCUUUAUGGCGCAAACAAAAAAGCAACGAAGCCCUUAAGCAUCAACCUUGUGAAUUUUUCACAACAUGGACCUUUGUUCCAUGCUUGCCAGUCCAAAUGUGAUGGAUUCCUAAAGUACAAGGGACGAAGCCGACAACAAGCUGAGAAUCAGGGUUACCGUGCCGUGCGACUCCCAAUUGAAGAGUUUACAUCUGGAAAAAUAUCUAACCCUGUGUUAGCGAUAAAUCAUGUCGUCGAUAUAAUGUUAGCAUACAUGGCAAACGGUGGCGACUGGAAGGAGGCCUUACAUUCUAAAUUGCCCGGACGAUUUUUGAGAUAAUACAUAUAUAUG